CCUCGGGGCGUCUGGUUCCUGCGGCGGGUGACCCCGUCCCCUGCCCCGUGGGCGUGUGGCAGAGACCAUGGAGGAGGCGCAGGCCCCGAGCCUGACGGCGGAGCCCCAGCCGGCCGAGGGGCGUGCCCAGAGCCCGCAGGCGCCGCCGCAGGACCCGGGGCUGCUGUACCAGGAGGAAACCAUCGAUCUCGGGGGGGACGAGUUCGGGUCGGAGGAGAACGAGACCGUGUCGGAGGACUCCAGCACCUUCGUGGACAAGCUCAGUGAGCACAUGAUGGAGAGCGUGCUCAUUUCCGACUCUCCCAACAACAGCGAGGACGACGCGGGCGACCUUGGCGGCGUGCAGGAGGCCACCGAAGGCAGCGCGGACCCCGGGCUGGACGGUGCCAUCGGCCAAAGUGCGGCCGACACUCCGAGGCCGGACGGCGAGAGUGACAGAGACGAAGCACCUCAGGACGUCCCCAGUGUGACCCCCGACGUGACCCCCGGGAGCCGGGCCUCCUCGGAGGAGGACCUGGGGCUGGAAGGGAGAGGCCCGCGCACCUGCGUGGACGAGGGCGCGGGGGACUCGGGCUCCAGGAGCCAGGGCCCGCUCCCCGGGGCGCCGGGCCCAUCCUCCGGGCGGCCCUCCCCCAAGGACGAGCCCGUGCCCGUGUGCACCAUCUUCAGCCAGUCCCAGCCCGAGGCCGCCCAGUCUCCCCCCUUUCUGCAGGACGGCUUCGAGUCCCAGGUGGUGAAGUCGCCCAGUUUCAGCGGGGCCGGCCGGCCGGCCGCCCAGACCCCUCCCCCGGCGGUGCAGCCCAGCCCCAGCCUGAGCACGUUCUUCGGAGAGACGGCCAGCACCAACUCCCUGGCCUCCGAGUUCUUUGACUCGUUCACAACGUCCGCAUUCAUUUCUGUCAGCAACCCCAACGCGGGGGGAGCUGCCGUUCCAGAGCCGCUGUCUCCACGUGCGUCCCCGGUGGCAGGGGCUCCCCUGGGUCCCGCCGAGCCCCACCCCGCCGGGACGGAGCGGCUGGAGCCGGCCGUUCCCACGGCCGCUCUGGAAACCCCCCGGUCUCCAAAGCCGUUCCCGCAGAUCCAGGCCGUGUUCUCGGGGAGCGAGGACCCCUUCGCCACCGCCCUGAGCAUGAGCGAGAUGGACCGGCGGAGCGACGCCUGGCUGCCCGGGGAGGGGACCAGGGACAUCCUGAAUUCGGUGGCCGCCCAGCAGUACAGCACCGUGUUCAUAGACAAGGAGAACCUCACCAUGCCCGGCCUCAAGUUCGACAACAUCCAGGUGAGGCCCGGGGUCUCCGAAGGGACCGCCUGCUCUCGACUCCCCUCCCCCAAACGGAUGCCCCCGGGGCCCCGGCUCGUCCUUUUCACGGUCUCCGCGCCCGUGCGUGUCCGUAGCAGUCGGCCCGCUGUGCAUCAGGCAGCCCUGUCUCUGCGGAGCGCCCAGAACUCCGACGGCAGGUCCCUGUGA